AUGAAUAGACCUAUCUACCCCACUACCAUUCAAUACUUCAACACCAUCUCUGUGACUGGGCGAAGAAGCACUACGCUUACUUCGGAGUCGCCAGCUCGCAUUCUUCUUGCCGGGCAGGUCCGUAAAAUUUCUGAAGACAGGACUACUAUUACCCUUUAUGACGGUACAGGGUCUGUCGCCCUCAGCAUUCAUGGUGGCGAGACCUUCCCUUUUAGCCAAAGUGAUAUCGCCCGUGUGCAUCUCCUCAUGCCGACCAACACUACUACAAGCCCCAAAAUCUUGUUCUAUGAAAAGCUUCCGAACGCCGAAGCCCUUCUUGUUCAUUUUCUAUCUGCUAUGAACGCACUCCGCCUUACCGAUGACAGAACCAGGGGCGAUGGUGUGGGUGACGGUCAAGGGCUUCCCGUUGUCAAGGAUGCUGGAGACGAUUUUUUGAAUAACUUUGAAGGUGGGCAGGCUGUGUUCUAUUAG